CAGCACUGUGAUCAGUAAUUAGCAAGACCGAAAUUAACCCGGCAUGGAGUGGUCCAAUCUUCCGACUGUCCCAUUGGUGCGGAUAUUUUCCUUCCUGUCUGACUACGACAGGUCUAACAUGUCGCUGGCAUGCAAAUCGUGGCAUCAGGGCUACCAGGACCCAUUGUUAUGGAAGAGACGGAAGUGGGUUCUGUCUGGGUACGAGGUGCCGUGUGUCGGAAGACGGGCGUGUCAUUUCGCCAGGUAUCUCGGUCACCAUCUGCGCUACCUGACAAUAAAGUGUGACCGAUGUUCCUUCAAUGUCUACCAAAGCUACCAUGAGGCUAUUCAGUCCUUACUUAAGGAGCUUCACCACAAGGCCAAGCUGAAGGAAUUUCGCCUGACGGGACUGAGGGCAGAGAGCUACUGCUACUCCUACAAAGAUCUUCUAGACACCUUCGUGGACACCAUCGUCAAGUUUCUGAGAAGUCAGAAAAGCUUGGAAGUUGUCGACGUGUCGCAAGCACAGUUUUUCUAUCCUGAAGGCUGUCGUGUUUUGGAAGCUAUUGGGCACGCUUGUGGAAAGACACUGCGUUUCUUGCAAAUGGACUCGGUAUUUCAUCCGAAUUCUGCCACGCCGUCAUCUGCUCUUAACCGCUACCGACGAGCUAUGGGCAGCUUCAAGAAUCUACGUUAUCUAGCAUUCAACUACAGAGGUCUAUCGGAUGAAGUCUUACAAACUUUUACCGUCAAUCUUCAAGACAAACUGAAAUGUUUGAAAGUUAUUAUAGACAAAAGUCCAGUUCUGACAGGUGUCAUUGUGUCCCCUAGCUCGUGGCAAGCAUUACGCAGAGCAUGCCCGAGGCUUCAGGUCAAGAUAUUCAUCCGUGGGUUCGGGCACACCAGCGAAAUAGUUCCAAUUCUCGCGCCGGAAAUCCCGCUUCAUGAACUAUUUAUAUACACAGGUCUUCGCUAUCAGGCGGAGUGGAGAUUGCAGACUACGUUACAACACAUCGCCAAUUCUUAUCCACAGUCUUUGGAAAUAUGUCAUUUUAAGUUGGAUAACAGCGGGGAGUUGGUGGACGAAGACCUAAUCCGAAUGGUGGCACAGUGUAAGAGGUUGAAGGAGAUAACAGUAAACGCUGUUUUCGAAUUGGCCUUCGCUGACACCAUAUGCACUCUGCAGGAACGUAAUGAAAUCAAUCUGAGAAAGUUCCACGUGGCAAACCAGCAUUUGACCACUGAAAACAAACAGCAGUUGAAGGACAUCUUCAGGCGAAAAUUUCGCAGAAUGAUUGUUACGCGAGAUCUGGAUUUUGAGGUGGACAGCGCGCUGGCCUUGUGGGACGGGCCAACAUUAAUGAUACCUCUUCAUCCCGUGGGUAUUCUCAACAUCCAUCCCAAUGGGGCCAAUGGGCACGUGGUGUGACUUUAUAUGACUGUGCUAUGCGGGUUUUGUUUUUUCGGAUUGGUUGCAAAUCGGUACAAUAGCGAUUUGAUGGAAUUACGCUAUCUGACUAUUAUGUUACAAGGAUUCAGUGCGUGGCCAAUAUAACGAACACCAUUUAUCCUGAACAGAUAAAGUUGCUUUGUUUAUUUUUCUUUUGUGAAGUCUCAACGGAAAUUGACCGUAAGUUCCAAAUUAAGGCUAAGCAUUUACGCAAAACAUCUUUUGGAAUGGCGAAUACCAGCCAUGCGUGUAUGUCAGUUAGUCUUGAAUUAUGAUUAU